AUGCCCAAAUAUGUACCCAACGCCAGAUACUACAAACACCCGCUGCCGAUCCAUCCACUAGAUAACUUGCCAGAACUAGUCCCACACAACCCGGUUUCAUGGGUAUAUUGGCUGUACAGCUACAUUUCCAGCACCAAUCUGUUACCAUCCAAAGUACAUGCCGAGUUUUCAAAUGGUAAGCAUAUAACGGUCGCAAACCCCGAUGAGAUGCUCUAUCUUUGGCGAAACGGGUUUUUCGGCACCGCCCAAUUGUCUAGAAGCGAGCCCACCUGGAAGGAGAGAACAUUGAACAGACUGGGGUUAUUGGAAUCGUCCCGAGCUUUAGAGCAUGUCACUGAGGAAAGACGAGUGCAAAGACUGGAGUUCAAACGAGAAAGGGCCAAUUUCGAAGCCAUAAGACUUGAACUUAGGCGAAAAGGCGUUGAAGAAUCGGAGAUAUCCAGACAAGAGCGAGAAUUCUUGCAAUCGCUGAGGGAACGAGAAAUUCAGGCUUCGACUUCAAGACCAGCCGAUGUACAGAUCCGCGAACUAGACUCAGGACUGCUCGACGAAAAUGACAAGCUUGUGGAUCUGGAAGUGCUAGAGCUGAUGCCCGUAGAAGCAUUGUUUUUGACUUUCGCACUUCCAGUGCUUGAUAUACCGGCAUCCACCUUGACUCGCCAUCUUGUGGGUAAAGAGCCUUCCUAUGCUAAUAUCAAUCAACUGUGCAUAAAGUAUGUGGCGUACCAUCAUUACAGAUCUCACGGAUGGUGUGUCCGUUCCGGGAUCAAGUUUGGUUGCGAGUUCCUGCUGUACAAACGUGGACCGCCUUUCCAACACGCUGAGUUUGGUAUAAUGGUUCUCAACAGCGAAGAUUCCAUGGAUUACACAUGGUAUGCAAGUACUGCCAGGGUUGUAGGAGGAGCCAAGAAAAGUUUCAUUCUGUGCUACGUUGAGUUACUCAUAUCGCGUCAAGAAGCGUUACGACUGUGGCAGCAGGGCAAAUUCGCCCGUUUGUUUGCAAGCUACAAAGUGGGCGAGGUAAUGUAUAGAAGGUGGGUACCAGGCAAAAACAGAGACUGA